GAGCUGAAGGCAGACGCUUAACCGACUGAGCCACCCAGGCGUCCCUGAACUUCCUUUUAGGGAGGUGUGAGCCCCUGCAGUGGGGCAGAAGGGUCUGGCCCUUUAGAGAGGCAGGAGUCUGCGUGCAGGCCCUGCCUCAUGCCCCUUCCCGUUGCCCGGGGUUGUUAACAGCAGUAGGUGGUCGACGGCGCUCUCUGUGUGUGCCGUGGGCCGGGCACUGGGCUCAGGGAUUUACGUUCAUUCAUUGACUCAUUUAAUCCUCGGGACGAGGCUGUGGGAUAGCAUCAUCAUCCCCUUUGGCUGGUGAGGAAAUGGCACAGAGAGGCUUAGGGCCUGGCCUGGGUCGUGUAGCUGGCACGUGGCAGGACCCGGGUUUGAGGCCAGCACCGGGCCCUGGAGCCCACACCGCGCAUCCCCCCUGUAAAGAGCUGUGGGGACCCUAGCGCUCUCCCUGCCACCGCCAGUCUCGCUAAAAGGAAGAGACAGCAGCAGGGGGACAGCCAGACAAGAACUAAUGCGGACUGACAUCAGCAGCAUGCCCGUUCCUGGCACGGAGUCGUCGCGUCACUGGCGGGCCGGGGGGCUGCUGGGUGCGCUCGGCCUUCACCCGGGGGGAAGGACCCACGUGGGCAAGCCUGUGCUGGAAACCGAGGGGCCGCAACAGACUGCCAGCCCCCCGCCCCCCGCUUCUUGUAUCUGCACCGGCCCCCGCAUCUGCUUCACCCUCAAACCCGCACCCCCCACGGAGGGCCCCCAGGGGCCAGCACUGUGCUGUGUGGAGCUACCCCCUCCCAUCCUCACGCAGCCCCACUGUACCCAGGUGGAAACUGAGGCUUGGGAUGCAGGGGCCCGACCCCAGCCAGGUCAGACUCCCAACCCCACGUCCUCACCACAGCCCCGUCCAGCUUCCCGCUUGUCUCCCCGGAGGAGCCGGACCACGCCCCUUCCUCGCCUUGAAGCCCCCAGAACCCCCUGCCGCCCCCGCAGGAGGGAGUGCUGCUCAUGUUGGCUUCUCUCUCCACAGGCCAGAAGCACCUGUGUGUCACCAGCCUCCUGAUCUGCCAGGGUCUGCUCUGGGUGGGCACCGACCAGGGGGUCAUUGUCCUGUUGCCUGUGCCUCGGCUGGAAGGCAUCCCCAAGAUCACAGGGAAAGGCAUGGUCUCGCUCAACGGUCACUGCGGGCCUGUGGCCUUCCUGGCCGUGGCUACCAGCGUCUUGGCCCCCGACAUCCUGCGGAGCGACCAGGAGGAGGCCGAGGGGCCGCAGGCUGAGGACGACAAGGCGGACGGGCCGGCGCCCGAGCCCACACCCAUGCCCGCGAGCCACGUGGGCCGAGAGCUGCCCCGCAAGAAGGGCAUCCUCCUGCGGUACCGCCUGCGCUCCACUGCGCACCUGCCCGGCCCGCUGCUGUCCGUGCGGGAGCCGGCGCCCGCCGACGGCUCGGCCCUGGAGCACAGCGAGGAGGACGGCUCCAUCUACGAGAUGGCCGACGACCCCGACGUCUGGGUGCGCAGCCGGCCCUGCGCCCGCGACGCCCACCGCAAGGAGAUCUGCUCCGUGGCCAUCAUCUCUGGGGGGCUGGGCUACCGCCACUUCGGCAGCGCCCCCGGGGGCAGCGGGCGGCCGGCCCCGUGCGGGGAGACGGACAGCGCCCUCCUCAUCUGGCAGGUGCCCUUGACGUUAUAGCCCCCGCCCGGGCGGGCUCUCCGCCUGCUGGGGGCCCCUCCCGCCAUCCGGGGUUCCCC